GCGGCAGCGGCAGCAGAUGCCACAACAAAACAAGAUCCCAGCGUAGAAGGAACUCCUUUCGCUUCAGCCCCUCCAGUAACAGCGGCGAAGCCUCUGACACGAAGGUUUUCAGCCACCACAGCCCAGGGAACAACAGUCCAACCAAAGGAGAAAGACAGGGAGGAUGAGAAACUACCACAGCAUGUGUCCAACUCAACAAGUACUGACCAAGCAAAUACAGCAGCAGCAGCAGCAGAAGCCACAACAAAAGAAGACCCCGCAUCAUAUUGUGAAACUGCUGAGCCAGAUUUCUCCACUGGCAUGAAGGUGAAGGAUCUGGCCCGGAUGUUUUCAGCUACCACAGCCCAGGAAACAGCAGGUCGACCAAAGGAGAAACACACAGAAACAAUAUCACAGGAAAAACCUGUGGCUCUGAGAUUUCCAGCCACCACAGCCCAGCAAACAUCAGUCCAACCAAAGGAGAAAGACAAGGAGGAUCAGAAACAAUCACAGAAUGUGCCCGACUCAACAAGUACUGACCAAACAAAUACUGCAGCUGCAGCAGCAGAAGCCACAACAAAAGACGAGUCCACAUCAUUGGGUGAACCUGCUCAGCCAGAUUUCUCCACUGGCAUGAAGGUGAGGGAACUGGCCCAGAUGUUUUCAGCAACCACAACCCGGGAAACAGCAGGCCGACCGAGGGAGAAACAAACACUAGCACAGGCGAAGCUUCGGGCUUGGAGGUUUCCAGCCGCCGCAGCCCAGCAAACAACAGUCCAACAAAAAGAGAAACACAGGGAGGAUCAGAAACUAUCACAGAAGGUGCCAGAUUUAACAGGUGCCACCACUAAAAUGAAUCCUACAGCAGCAGAAGCCACAACUCGGGAGGAUCCCGAAUCAUCUUGUGAACCUGCACAGCUCUCAGAUUUCUCCACUGGCAUGAAGGUGAAGGAACUGGCUCGGAUGUUCUCGGCUACCACAACCCAGAAAUCAACGGUCCGACCAAAGGAGAAACACUGAGAAAAAUGAAAACUGGCAUAGGUGGUGGAUCUACUGUAAAUCUUAUUUUUCAUGACACUGUGGUGCAAAGGCACCGCUGGUUAGUUCUUCAAGUGUUUUCCCCCAUCUGUGUUCCCAUUUAAACUUUUUCUUUAAAUGAUAUCCUCAAUAUUAGGCCUACUUAGCAUUCAAACACUGAGCUCUCCCGCAUAAUAUAAGGAUCCCAUGUAUGCUAUGCUAUUUGCUAUCAAUUACACGCAGGCCAGCUUAACUCUAUGCUGUAUGUUUGUUGUUUGCAAAAAAGGUUUUCAAUGUGGUGGCUAAUGUGCUGCUACAUGAUUAUUAAACUGUGGCCAGAUGAUGCUAAGAUGCCAUUAGCAAGUGGUGGGAAGGAUGUUUGUGUCGGUUACUGGGUGGUUGCUAGGACAUAUAAUCAGUAGGAUACUUGUCUUACAGCCAAAGCUUUUUUAUUUUUUUUGAGAAAAUAGAAGUGAUUUCUCUUACAAGUAAAACGUUUGAGGUGUUUUGCUGCUACAUAUCGCUUUAUUUGGUCUGAAAUGACCAGUAGCUUGUGAUAGCUAAUGUUAGCAAACCUGAUGUAUAUACUGCGGCUGACAUUUAGUUUGCUUACUUUAUGAUUCUUCUUUACUUGUGCUACAUUAACUGUAUUUUAGCUAAAUGCUAAACUGCUGUUUGGCUAAACUACGGACAAGAAGUGAGCAUUAUCCCAUAACUGUGUCUAGUAGCCACAGUGGUAUGUCGUAUGAUCAUGCGUAGAUAGUGCUAGAAAACUAAGGUGGAGUCACCUUUUGUGCAUACAACCCAUUAGUUCUGGUUAGUCCUGUGUAAGUACCUCAUGUACAUCCUAUUAAACCUUAUGAGAACUUAUGAUAAAGGCCGUUCUUUCUGACCUUCAUAAAUGCCUUAUGUAUGAAAGAGAAUUAGGACCACAUGUGAAAAAAAA